GCAAGGAAUGCGACUUGGGCCCGGCCAGGGGAAUUAAGCGCCACGGGGCAGAGCCAUGUCCUCAUGGACGUGGACGACCUUCCCACUGGAGCCAACUACUCUCGCUGGACAAUAUUGUCUCGCGGCAUGCCCGGCAACAUGAGCCUGAUUGCAGCCAACGGCAGCGAGUACAACGUGCCCGAUGACUAUGAAACAGUGGUGAACAACGCCUCGAAGAAUGGCGAGGAUGUUGUGGAUCUGAGCACGAUCUCCGGCUACAGCUUCAACACCCAGGCAUAUACGCACCUCCUGGUUCAUACCCUCUACAUUAACCUCAUUCAAGUGAUGAAGAGCGUUGUGGGCGAGAGGCUACAGUCACUACAAGCUUUGGAAAUUUCUGACCUCAAUCUUCAAUGCUUCACCAAUGCCCAGGACCCCUUCACCUUCAUGCCCACCAUCCGCAUCGCCUUCGUGCGCACUGAUACCGACCCCAUGCGCAACGACACUUCCAUUCCACUUAAAGCCACCCGCCUCACAAACGACUUCUACAUCAAGCCAGAGGGUUACAUUGCUAGGCUGAGUGACACUUCCUUCUGCCUCCUCGUCAGUCCCCUGAAUGAAGGCACCGAUGGAAAUAGCUACCGUACAAAGAGCAUAAUUGCAGAGCCAGCAUUGUUCGACAAGUACAUCCACCUCAACUACAGCUCCACCACUGACUAUGCCCACGUUGGGUGGAUUGAUGCUCCUGGCUGUGCUGCAUCCAGCAAGCCUACGUUUCUCCCUGUUCCACCCCCUCCUCCGGGACCAGCUCCUGCUUCACCCUCCAAUGCUGUGCAUGCAUUGUCAGCACUCGUCUCCGUUCUUGCUUCAUCUCUCUGCCUCGUGGCACUGCUUCUGCUUAGUUGAUGACCACGACUAUCGCUAGCUAGCACUUGUGAACUCUGUGUGGUGAUCACAUUGUGAAGUAUCGUUCAUCGUUUGCCAUCGAUUUUCCUAGCAGGCUCAGGAAUGUCAUAGCUAAUGGAGUGACGGUGAUCAUACCAGGACCAUGAUGGCAGAAUCUUCUUGUAAGAAAUCAGUGACAAACGAGGACAAUAGUGUUAAAUUAUA